CCGCAGGGCUCAGUCCCCUCCUCGCCCAGACGCCGAUUUCAUCUCCUCGAGGGCGGGCCUUCAUCGGAGCGGCCGCCCCGGGCCCUCACUCCCCCUUCGCUCAGGUCCCUUUCCACCCGAUUCCCGCAAUGAGGGGCUGCAGCCCGGUGGCGGAACCGGCCGGGCCCGGCCGGGGAACGCAGGAGAGGAGUUGCUGGGCGCGCGAGGCAAGGUCUGCCGCCCCUCCUCUUCAUCCCCUCCGACUUGCAGGUUUGAAUUUUUGAAACUGAAGUAGGUCUACACAUUAGGAACUCAUGUCUUUUCUUGUAAGUAAACCAGAGCGAAUUAGGCGGUGGGUCUCGGAAAAGUUCAUUGUUGAGGGCUUAAGAGAUUUGGAACUAUUUGGAGCCCGAAUGCCAACAACCCAUUUCUCUACUCCAGAGCAGCCUCCGGCUGACGCUCGGAGAAAAACCAAUGAGGCGAGCUCAGAGUCGAUAGCAUCCUUUUCGAAGCCGGAGAUCAUGAGUAGCUUCCUGCCGGAGAGGGGGUGUUAUGAGCUACUCACCGUGAUAGGUAAAGGCUUUGAGGACCUAAUGACAGUGAACCUAGCAAGGUAUAAGCCGACGGAGGAGUAUGUGACAGUGCGAAGGAUUAAUCUGGAGGCUUGUUCCAAUGAGAUGGUGACGUUCCUGCAGGGGGAGCUGCAUGUCUCCAAGCUCUUCAGUCACCCCAACAUCCUCCCGUACCGUGCCACCUUCAUCUCCGACAACGAGCUGUGGGUGGUGACCUCAUUUGUGGCCUACGGUUCUGCCAAGGAUCUCAUCUGCUCGCACUUCAUGGACGGCAUGAGUGAGCUGGCCAUCGCCUACAUCCUGCAGGGGACGCUCAAGGCCCUAGACUACAUCCACCACAUGGGCUACGUGCACAGGAGCGUCAAAGCCAGCCAUAUCCUGAUCUCCGAGGACGGGAAGGUCUACCUCUCCGGCUUACGCAGCAACCUCAGCAUGAUCAGCCACGGGCAGCGCCAGAAGGUGGUGCAUGAUUUUCCCAAGUACAGUAUCAAGGUCCUGCCCUGGCUCAGCCCGGAAGUCCUGCAGCAGAAUCUGCAGGGUUACGAUGCCAAGUCCGACAUCUACAGCGUGGGCAUCACAGCAUGCGAGCUGGCCAACGGCCACGUCCCCUUUAAGGACAUGCCCCCCACCCAGAUGCUGCUGGAGAAGCUGAACGGCACGGUGCCCUGCCUGCUGGACACCAGCACCAUCCCCGCCGAGGAGCUGACCAUGAGCACCUCGCGCUCCGCCGCCAACUCGGCCCUCAGCGACAGCCUGGCCACCAGCACCCCCCGGACCUCCAACGGCGACUCGCCGUCCCACCCCUAUCACCGCACCUUCUCCCCACACUUCCACCAUUUCGUGGAGCAGUGCCUUCAGCGCGACCCCGACGUGAGACCGAGUGCCAGCAGCCUCCUGAACCAUUCUUUCUUCAAGCAGAUCAAGCGACGCGCCUCCGAGGCCCUGCCCGAGCUCCUCCGUCCCGUCACCCCCAUCACCAGCUUCGAGGGCAGCCGGUGCCAGGACCACGGCAGCAUCUUCGGCCUGGUGGCCAACCUGGAGGACCUGGAGCUGGGCGACUGGGAGUUCUGAGCCUCGGAGGCCCCCGCACCUGCCCAGCCCGGCCGGGACUCCCCCAGGGCUGCGCCCCACCCCCACCCCACCAACCCUGCUGGGCGCCCAGAGCCAGGAGGAGGAACUUCGGGGAGAGACUUUCAUUGAUCGAGGCUUCGAGACUCCGGGGAGUUCCAGUUCCCAGACCUCCCGAGAGCCUGGGAGGCUGACACCCCCGAACGGGGACUGGGGGUGCCUUGCAGAGGGAGAGCUGCUCUUCUGGCCCUGCCUGCCCCCUCUCCCAGCCCCAGCCCCCUUGUCCCUCUGCGCAGCCCCCCAGACCCGGGGGUCCCCCAGGAAGCUGCCCCCCCCCACCCCCAUCACCGGGCCCGGCUGCUUUUCCCUCAAGCACCAGGCUGAGACCCGAGACCGGGACCGCCCGUCCUCACCCCCUCCCCCACACUCCUAUCCCACUUGGGCCCUGAUCCCCUCUGCACUCCAGACUGUCCCAUGUGGCUGGCUCCCCCCUGCAGGAGCCUCCGGCGCCCCGCCUGCCGCCGGUGCUCUCUCUGCAGGCCUCGCCGGAGGGCUUCAGUCUCAAGCCGUGUUGUUUCAUUGCCAGAACAAAUGAAAAUUUUCAGAGAAGCCA